AUGGACAUUGAAGCAGAGGCUAUCUCUCCCGAUGGAGCAACACCGGGCUUGACCAGCACCAAGAAAGACGAAGACCAGCCUGAAACUACAUAUAUGGAAGGAUGGGCUCUAGCAUCUUUGACUGUGGCCUUCAUGGCCAUCUGCUUUAUACUGGCCCUUGAUAAUACGAUCCUCUCGACCGCAAUUCCCCGUAUAACCAGCGAGUUCCACAGCAUCAACGAUAUAGGCUGGUAUGGGUCUUCAUACUUGAUCGCACAGAUGGCACUUCUACCAACAUGCGGCCGACUCUACACAUUCUACAACAUCAAGUGGGUGUAUUGCCUCUCGCUAGUGGUUUUCGAACUCGGUUCUAUCAUCGCGGCUCUCGCCCCAACUUCUGUCGCACUUAUUAUAGGACGAGCCGUUUCUGGUCUUGGCGCUGCUGGUCUGGUGAGUGGGUCGACAACUAUUUUGUCUUACUGUGUUCAUUUGAAGAAACAAGCGAUGCUUUCGCCGAUUGUGUUGGGGGUGUAUAAUAUUGGAUCGGCUAUUGGGCCACUAGUUGGUGGUUCGAUAACUGAUAACCCGAAGCUGGGUUGGAGGUUUAUUUUCUGGAUCAAUCUGCGUACGUAUCUGGUGGCCGAAGUCUAUACAUUCCCAAAUAGUAACUAA